AUGGAGAAAAUUAAUCGUUCAUCAUUAAAAGCAUCCUACUUAAAUCACAAGCUGUUGCAAAGAAUAUGUCUUGGAAAAAAUUCACCGUUAAAAUGUUCACGCUUAAAUAGUACACAACUGCUAUUGGUCAACCCAGCAUCUCAUGUAGACCUCAGUAACAACAACUACCCCAAGCAUUUCCAUACCAUAUCGUUUCGGCUUAGAGACAUUGCCAUCAAUGAGGCCGAUAUAGAAACUCCAUUUCUGAACAAUAGCCAUAUUUGUGAAGAAACUGCAGCCUCAGCAGCAGCAACACCGGCAACUAAGGCCUACAUCAAGCGCAAACAACCUCCCAAAAAACAACCCAAAAAACGAAACGAGUACCUCGACAUUUUACAACAAGAAUCCGAAACCAGUUUCCGAAACGAAGUCUUUAAAGAUCUCAAGGUACCAAUCUACACUUUAGAAAUGGCACUAGCUAAAAACUUACCAGAACGCUUUAUUUCAGAGAAAAUAUUAAAACAAGCAGAAGGCACCAAAACAGCAGCACCAGAAAAAAUCGAAGCAUGGAUCACAGAAGCUAAAACAUUGCUUGCACAGGGGAACUUCUCACAACUCCAAGAUGCCCUUGAACAAGGGGUCGUUGGAAAUUAUCUAAUGACUAACACCGAGCUUGUUCACUUUGUUCAUGAGCUCUCACAACUUAAGAAAUACGACCUGUGCGUUUAUGUCUUCAUGUCAUAUGCACCAUCAGUACAGGCCUCGGAAACUGCGCCAGAGGAACCAUACAUUCCGUCUGCGACGGUCCUGGAGGCCGCCACAGCUGCCUACAUUUCGAAACACUUUUUGGACUGCGUAAUUAUUCAUCAAACUUUUGGUGACAAGGUCUUGUUCCCUGGUAAACUCAUCAACUCAGUUCUGCGCAGUUUCUAUCACAUCUACGAGCCCUUUUCUGCACGCAAGUUUCUCAAUAAAAUCUGGAAAUCGGCAACCGACGAAACAAUAAUCGCAGCAGUCCGAGGUAUCACCCGCGUGUGCUACCGACCAGCACCAGAGAUCAUGGACCUGAUAUAUACGUGGAAACAAGACCGACAAACAGUAGACGUGGAGUUAUACGCUUGUGUUUUGGAGUCCUUGCUAGAUCUGCAGGACUCGGCGCGGUUCAAUGAGAUUUCCAAGCUUGUGCAAGCGGACGGGUACAUUGAACAUCCACGAAUUAAAGAGGUCCACUUCCAGAAACUGCUACAUGAAAAAAACCUGCCACGGAUUGAGGCAUACAUCUCAAUGCUUCAAGAAGAAACAGCAGUACCAUCAUCGGCGGCCCUAUCUAUCCGACCUUUGAACCGUGCCGUCAGUUACUUUUCGCAGCUGGAUGAUAAUGAUGGCGUGUCGAUGGUGGUUGGACUUUACGCAAGACUUGGGUUUGAACACUCAGCCGAAGUGCUAAAUGCCCUUGUGACGCUCAUCUACCGCAAGGGCGACCCUGCAUAUCUGGUAGACUAUGUCGAAGACUGGGACCAGACUGGGGUUGUGGGGACCAAUGUGACUGUUGUUUUGAUUUGGAAAUGUUUAAUCCGUGCAUACCAGUCACAUUCCAAAUACAUCACAAGCCGGUUCUUGGAAAUGAAACGUAAGUUCCCGAACCUGUUUCUGGGGGUCACUGAAAAUGAAGCCUUACUGCUUAACAGACUGGUCAAAAAGGAAUCAAGACACGAAAAUACAGACUACGUGACCAUGUCCAUGUACGCAGGAAGCCCGACACAUGUUCUGCGCCGGGUGCAAGUGCUUGGACGACAAGGCAAAGCCGAGGUUGCAUUGGAAGCUGUUCGUGAGAUGGUUUCUCACAAUGUCCGUCCCACGCGGGCCAUUUUUUACAACCUAUUGCAUAGCAUUUGUCGGCAGCGACUAACUGCAGAAUUUGACGAGGCACUCAAGAUGAUGCAUGAGGCUGGGUACGCUGCCUGCACACAAAUGGAAGUUGUGUUUCUGCGAACUCACCUCGAAAGUAUGCGCAAAUCACUCGAGGAAACUGCUGCAACAAGAGGUGCCACAGGACUAUUAAAACGCUUGGCCAAUAACCAGUUCUCUGUCCGUGCCGCUGCUCUCAACAAGCUCAAGAACUUUGUGGGACUACAUGCAAACACACUUAACCUACGCUCUGCAACCUCACUUGGGUACGAGUACUUGUUAUGGCAAGACUACGAUGCGGCCGUUGGUAUGUUUGGUUUUAUGCGCAGCCAGUCUGGCGAAGAUAGCGAGGCAUGGACUUCGUCGAAUACAAACUCGUUUGCAUUGGCCGGGUUAGUCCGUGCGUACGCCGCCCAGGGCCGGUACACAGACGUUUACGAGCUGGUUCGGUCCGUGUGCUGUACUGAAACAGAUUCACGCAUUGAUGUACUUUCUUUCUUGCGUAUUGAGGUGGCGCGUGCCGUGCAACUUGCGCGUAAGCGUAAUCAUCUCAAUGCAUUUGCAUCGCAGCUGCUUGAGUGCCGUAAGAUGCUGACGCGCGCCAUGUUGCUCAACAACCGGAACCGCGUGCAGGCUGAUUUGCAGGUUGUCGAGUCACUUUUCGCAGUAUGGGAAAAGCGGUUGGUGGAAAAAACAAAGUAA